AUGACCGUUGUGGCAGGAGAUAACAUGGAUGAGACCGCAGCCGUAACGGGGCACCCGCAGGACGCGUACCCCCCCGACCAUGAAGACCACGACUGCUGCGAAAGAGUGGUCAUCAACAUAGCGGGGAUGCGGUUCGAGACCCAGCUCAAAACUCUCUCCCAGUUCCCCGAGACAUUGCUAGGCAACCCCAAGAAGAGGAUGCGCUACUUUGACCACCUGAGAAACGAGUAUUUCUUUGACAGAAACCGUCCCAGUUUCGAUGCCAUCCUCUACUAUUACCAGUCCGGGGGAAGGCUGAGAAGGCCCGUCAACGUCCCGUUGGAUAUGUUCUCGGAAGAGAUCAAGUUUUAUGAGUUGGGAGUGGAUGCCAUGGAGAAAUUCCGUGAGGAUGAGGGCUUCGUCAGGGAGGAAGAACGUCCUUUACCUGAGAAGGAAUUCCAGCGUCAGAUCUGGCUGCUUUUUGAGCACCCAGAGAGCUCGGGUCCGGCCAGAGGGAUUGCUAUAGUAUCUGUAAUGGUAAUUCUGAUUUCCAUAGUCAUAUUUUGUUUAGAGACUUUACCCGACUUGAAAGAGGAUCCUAAGGGUCGGUUUAAGACUGUAGGGAAUCAUACCUUUUACUACAAACCAAACAUCCUAACUGACCCUUUCUUCAUUAUUGAAACUCUUUGCAUUAUCUGGUUCUCGUUUGAGUUGAUCGUGCGUUUUUUCGCGUGUCCAAGCAAGGCAGUCUUCUCCAAAAACAUGAUGAACAUUAUUGAUAUAGUGGCCAUCAUCCCUUACUUCAUCACACUGGGCACGGAGCUGGCUGAGGACCCCGAAGACCAGGAGGAGGGCAUGGGGGAGCAGGCAACAUCUCUGGCCAUUCUCAGGGUAAUCAGACUGGUCAGAGUGUUUAGAAUCUUUAAGCUGUCACGACACUCCAAAGGAUUGCAGAUCCUGGGACAGACCCUCAAGGCCAGUAUGCGCGAACUCGGAUUGCUGAUAUUCUUCCUCUUCAUCGGAGUCAUCCUCUUCUCAAGCGCGGUGUACUUCGCAGAGGCCGAGGAGAAAGGGUCGUACUUCGGCAGCAUACCGGAAGCUUUCUGGUGGGCCGUGGUGUCUAUGACAACUGUGGGCUAUGGGGAUAUGGUGCCUGUCACUAUAGGGGGCAAGAUAGUGGGUUCCCUUUGCGCCAUUGCUGGUGUGUUGACGAUUGCGCUCCCAGUGCCUGUCAUUGUGUCCAACUUCAACUACUUCUACCACAGGGAGACCGAGGGAGAGGAGCAGGCCAAACUCUUAGAAGUUAGUGAACCAAACAUUAGUGAAAGCAACUCUAGUCGCCGCAGCUCGUCCACAGUCAGCAAAUCCGAAUACAUGGAAAUUGAUGGAGACAUUAAUAAUAGCAUCGACAAUUUUAGAGAGGCAAACCUCAGAACUGGCAAUUGCACUCUAGCAAACCAAAACUGUGUAAAUAAAAGCAAGCUGCUCACAGAUGUGUAG